AUGCCAGGUCCAGUUGUGUCGCCGAUACUGCCAGAAUGGCUACGUGAGAAUUCGCUAGUCUCAGGACUUCUUUCCGAACCAUCGUCGAAAGCCGGCUUCGACAAUAGGAAGCUACCUAAGAAGCUAUUUUCUAGCCAGAAAAGGACGAUAUUUUUGCGUGAGACGGAGCUUUUUGUUGUUCAUGGGAAAGAGCUCAGAUGCGCAGAUCUGAAAGAUCUCAAAGCUGGUUCAGAUAAGGGGGAACAAUAUGGUGGUAUCGCUUAUCAGAGCCUAGAGCUGCCACACCUAGACUUCGAGAUUUCUCAGAUCAUUAGAAGUGCGGAUGGCGAGACCGCGGUAGUUGUGGGGGAGUAUGAUGUUGGAGUUGCCCUUCUACCUGCCCCCGGGGUUAUAACUCUGGGAGCUCGAUCGAAGAUUGCUCUCAAAUGCUUCAAGCUUGAACCCGCGCCCACUCAGACACCUUCUCGCGUCUUAAGAGCCAUUUUCCACCCUUUGGGCGCCCGACCUUGUGUCGUUGUCCUCACAGAGGAUGCUAUGAUAAAUGUCUACGAGGUUGAAUUCAACAAAGAAAGUGCCACCGUUGAACCUACUGAAACCUUAGACAUAAAGCAGAUGCUCGGGAUCGACAGGAAUAGCAGCUACCUGAUGGAUGAUAUCGAGCCCACUUCUAUAUGCUUUGGUGGGGUUGGCUCCAUCUGGUCCAUUUUCACACUGUAUAUUUUGAUGAGGAACGGCGAAAUAUAUUCCCUCUGCCCGUUCCUUCCUUCGAAAUGGAUGCUGGAUACCGAUUUCUUAGACGAGCUAAAAUAUGAGCUGCAGGCGCAUAAGGAGAUCAGAGACUCAGGGGACCCCGCAAUCCCGGCCUCUGACAAACAUAAUUCCAAGCAAAUUUGCUUUUGGAUUCAUGAAAUAUCUCGUUUGAUCAGGGUCCAGAGCCUUGCGAACGGACAUGACGAGUUUGACGAGGAACCUGUGGGCUAUAUCCUGUCAAGGCCAACUCUGCCAGAUCUUAUAACCCCGCUGCUACAAGGGCCUUAUCUACUACAACCGGCUCCGGAGGACAAUUUUGAUGAAUCGAUCUUCGCGUCGGACAUCGCCCGUAUCGGUGCUGCCCAUUAUGCCGUUAUCGCGGUUGCGUGGUCCUCGGGGAAGAUUGAUUUGAUGCUGGAGUUUGAAAGUGUAGCGCCAAGGUGGCACUCGACCUCCUUGAAAUACAAGAAGUUCAACGAAAGGACACCUUACCCGGUUAUUUCUGGUUACGAGACUAUUAAUAUUGCUCUGCCCGAAGCUACAGAAGGCUCUUCAGCAAUCCAUCCUAGUUUCACAGUCGAUAUCAAUUUCCCGAAUACAUUACUCUUUAGCCACGGAUCUGGAGUCGAGAUGCUGAACCUAGAAGAUUGGAUGAAUAAACUCACAGCGGUCAUUGACCAAGAGGAAGACGAGAGAGCGAUUGAAACCGCUCUAGCAAAGUCGGAGCGAACGGGUGUGAUCCACAUGAUUGGCGGCCAGAAGAAUGCACCACGAUACCCUGUCGUAGGAACUGCGAUGAUAUAUGAUGCGUACCUGGGAUACCUUCUCAUCGGUGCGACGACUUCAAAACCAGCCUUCGCCGUCCUACAGCUUCCUUCGAAAUACCACACCCAGAUGCUAAAACUAAAACAAGAAAGAAGCGAUCUCUCCUCAACCUCAUCGAGGCUCACACCCCGUCCUCCAAUCCCGGUAUCUCGCACCUCCCACGAAGAUGCGAUUGCCAGUACCGAACAAAGAAUCAGGGAAUGCCGACAGCGACUCCUUCUAGUCAAACAAGUUAUCGACCCUCGUCUUCUCAAGAUGGAGAUUCUCGUUAACAACGACCAUUCCAUGGUGCUUAAGAAGCUUAAAGACCUGUUAUUUGAUGAAAUGGACGCUAGAUACGAGAAUGCCCAGCAAAUCCACGCCGCGGCCAUACAGCAGCAGAAACGGUUCCACGAACAGAUAAAUAAUAUUCGUCGGUUCCAGAAGCAACUGUUGGAACGCGAAAAACAACAGCAGGAGAUUCGCGAGAAGCUUAAGAAGGCGACGGAUGCGCAACAGACGUUGAAGGAUAAGGUUGAUGGGAUUUUGUCCAAGUUGUCAGCUAUCAGCAGGAAAGGAGGGUACUCCUCAAUGUCGCAAGCGGAGCAGGAGUAUGUUGAGGAGCUGGAUGGUAUCGAAAAGAUUACUAACCAGAUCGGUGUAAAACAACGGAAGAUAAUGUCAUUUGUAGGAACACUGAGCAGGACGACUCCUCUUGCAGGCGAUAGCCAGCAGGCUAAGCCGAAAUCCGAGGAGGACCAAGAAGCGCCUGAUUCGAAUCGCGAGGAACUGACGAAGAUGGUACAAAAGGAGCAUAGGUUGAUAAUUGAAACCAAAAAGAAAGUUGAACAUCUCGAGCAACAGUUCCAAGAGAUCAGAUUGAGCACUUGA